AUGAAUGCAUAUCACCUUAUCUUAGAAGCUUCAGCUUUCGAAAAGGGAUUAGGAAAUAUUAAGAAAUGGUGUGCUAAUACUUCCAAUGAAGUUAAAUUGAGUCUAUAUAUCCCAACUUUCACCUUGAAAGAGUUAGAUUUCCAACGUUAUAAAAACAAAAGUUUUAUAGCUCGUGAGUCACUUAAAUUUAUUGAACAAGUUGAAGAAAGAAAUGAAAGGAUCAAGAAGAACCAGAAGAGCAAUCUAGAUAUUAUUAUUGAAUUCCCCGAUAUGUUGGAUUUAGUAUUGUGGUCAGAAGUGUUAGAACUUGCAGGUUCAAAGCAUGAGGAUGCUUUUAACAAAUUGCCUAAGAGAUUGAAGAAUUUAUUAAAGAGUUGCAUAUAUUUAUGUCAUCUCAGUAGUGAAUUUGAUGACGAUCGUAAGUGGUUGUUAGUAUCAGAGAAUCAUGAAAUUCAAGAAUUAGCGUGUAUAUGUAAAAUUCCUGUUAUUUCGGUUAUUGAUGCUGAUGCUGAAUUAUCAAAAAAUAUGAAUAGAAGAGAAUUUCAAUUAACUCAAAAUUUUAAUAAGAAGAUUACUGAAUCUGGAAGAACAGAAAAGAAUAAUGAAGGUCAGAAUGUGGUGAAGACUAAAUUUGAUAAAACAGUUUAUGCAUCUAGAGGUUCUGGUAUUUUAUGGGCUCCUUAA